GAUUCGUGAAGGUGAGCGAGUGCAGCACCACAGGCAAAUGGAGAGGCGCCCGCUACACGAAAGGUGGGGACGAAGCGGUGGUUCUUUUGUUUGACGUCAAUGGCUACAUCGCCGGCAUCCAGACGGGGGUCAGGAAGGGUCUGCCCAACGGAUACCCCUCCCAGUCGUUACGACCCCCAUUCAUUGAAGACAGCAACAGCUACUACAUUACUGCCUACUUUGUCGACCCCGGUAAGUACGGGCGCACUACAGCCACUACUUUACUGCCUACAUUUUAUCGGCUCAUCUAAGUAAUGGCGCUGUUGUAGCCACUAAAUUACUGCCUACAUUUUAUCGGCUCAUCUAUGUAGUGGCGCUGUUGUAUCCACUACAUUACUGCCUACAUUUUAUCGGCUCAUCUAAGCAAUGGCGCUGUUGUAGCCACUACAUUACUGCCUACAUUAUAUCGGCUCAUCUAAGUAAUGGCGCUAUUAUAGCCACUACAUUACUGUCGAUCUCGCCAACCCUUUGUGUGUCAUGGCACUUUAGGGUCUACAAUUCGGAUAAUCUUGCCCAUUAUGAUGUAACCCCUGACUGGUGAAAGAACCCCCUCCAUGUAAAACCACCAUUGUUGACCUUAUGUUUCCUAUCCCACAGCAAUCAUCUGCAGGAGAGGGCGGUCCGAUGCAGAGUUCCAAGAACAAGGAACCGGGACCGACCUGUACAUACAGAACGGCACCGUGCCUGAGAACAGCCUACUGAUGCCCCGAUCCCAGUCUGACCUUGUCAACACGAAGUGGGUCGAGGGGAUGUGUUUCUACACAAUGGGUGGGUCAUUUUGGUUACGUUUUAGCUUCUACACUGUGGGUGGGUCAUGUUGGUAA